AAAGGUUAUGUAAUUGUAGUUUUGUAUCUUGUUCUGCUUUCUUGUUUUACUCAAAACUCAACAAUUCCUUUUAACUUUAAGAAAAAGUUGCACAAUCACUAGCAAAAACACAAAAAAAUACAUUUCUAAAGAACGAAAAAAAGGUGGUGCUCUAAAAAAAUUGAACACAUAUUUUUUGUUCACAAAAGUUCAUUAUUUUAAUUUAUUUUAUUAAACUAUUUGUAAAGAAAAAAAAGUCUUAGGUACAUCCACGUGGGUGCAAGCGAAACCUAGCUGCUGGGAUCACGUGGGAGUUCUCCGCGUAAGUCACGUGACUCUUUGUUGACGUUUACCGCUGCGGUCGGUGAACAUACAGGCUCAUCCAGCUGCUUUUACUGCUGCUGCUGCUGCAAUGUCAUCGCCUUGCUAGUAAGGAGCAACCUGAAAGGGACCAGGCUGGAGCGGGCAGCGAGCGGUGUUAGCCUCACUUAUUGUGACCAGGAAUCGAUCGUGUGGAUAAAGGUUAAAAAAAAAUCCCCGCUGUGAUGUUUGAGGUUUAGGACAAUAAGGAGGAAGUGUUUCACCUCGACGGGAGCACAGGGAUCACAGCCCGUCCAGUUUACGUCCCGAAUGCCUGUCCAUGAGUUUCUGUCUUCAGGUCCUGUAGAAAGCUGCCUGGACUGUGUCUGCUGUACGACUGUAAAGAAUGGCUGUCGUAAGGCAGUUUGGACUGCUGGUGUGGAAGAAUUAUCUACAGCAGAAACGGCAGAUCUUAGUAACCCUGGUGGAGAUCCUCCUUCCUCUUCUCUUCUCUGGCAUCCUCAUAGUCCUGCGUCAGAAGGUGCCUUUUAAGGACUAUCCGAACGCCACCGUCUAUGAGAGCUACUACGUUGAGGAGCUGCCCAAGCCUUUUCUGCGGAGCUUUCAGCUGGCCUUCGUGCCCAGUAACUCCAGCGUGGUGCGGCAGGUGGCCGAUGAUGUCCGUACCAGCCUGCAUCUCUCCUCAGUGCGCGGCUUCGAGACGGAGGAGCAGUUUGAGAGCUACGUGAAAAAUGACCCUUCGUCGGGGCAGCUGCUGGCCGCCGUGGUGUUUGACCACCCCUUCGCUCACGACGACGACCCCUUACCCUUACAGGUGAGUUACCACCUGCGCUUCACCUUCACGCCGCGAAACGCCCCGCCCAAGGAGAAGUCGGAGCUGAACCCCAACAGCGACCUGGACUGGCACACGCUCAGCCUCUUCCCUCUUUUUCAAAUGCCGGGCCCUCGAGAGCAGUAUGACAGGGAGGGGGGCACGCCAGGUUAUUUCCGAGAGGGCUUUCUGGCAGUGCAGCACGCGGUGGACAGAGCCAUCAUGCACUCCUACAACCGAACAGCUGCUGCAGCCCUGCUCAGACAGACCACAGUGGUGCUGUCACGCUUUCCAUACCCAGCUUUCAUAUAUGACGUCUUCAUCCUGGCCAUCCAGAACCAGCUGCCCCUUCUGCUGGUGCUCAGCUUCACCUACACGGCUCUCAACAUCGUGCGAGCUGUGGUGCAGGAGAAAGAGAGGAAGCUGAAGGAGUACAUGAGGAUGAUGGGUCUCAGUAACUGGCUCCAUUGGAGCGCCUGGUUCCUCAUGUUCUUUCUGUUCCUCUCCAUUUCUGUCUUUUUUGUUACAGUGCUACUCUGCAUCCAGGUGAGUCCUAACGGCGCCGUGCUGACCUACAGUGACCCCACGCUGGUCUUUUUCUUCCUGCUGGUUUUCACCGUGGCCACCAUCAGCUUCAGCUUCAUGAUCAGUGCCUUCUUCUCCCGAGCGAAUGUGGCGGCGGCUGCAGGCGGCUUCAUCUACUUCCUCAGCUACCUGCCUUAUCUGUUCCUGUGGCCGCGCUACGAUCUGCUCAGCCAUGGGCAGAAGGUGUCGGCUUGCCUUAUCUCGAACGUGGCCAUGGCCAUGGGAGCGCAGCUCAUCGGAAUGUUUGAAGGCAAAGGAACAGGGAUCCAGUGGUCGAACUUGUUUGACUCGGUAACGGUGGACGAUGACUUCUCCCUGGCUCAGGUUCUGUGCCUGCUCCUGUUCGACUCUGUUUUCUAUGGGCUGGUGGCCUGGUAUGUGGAGGCCGUUUUUCCUGGAGAGUACGGAGUGCCUCUGCCUUCCUAUUUCUUUUUACUGCCUUCAUACUGGUGCAGCAGCCCUCGCAUGGCUCUGGUGAACGAGAAGGAGGAAGAGGAGGAUGCAGAGAAGGCUCUGAAGGGAGAGUUUAUAGAGGAGGAGCCAGCAGGACUGGUCUCUGGGGUGAAGAUUAAACAUCUCUCUAAGGAGUUCACGUUGGGCAACAAAACGCGGAAGGCUGUCAGAGAUUUGACUCUGAACAUGUUCGAGGGGCAGAUUACAGUGCUGUUGGGACACAACGGUGCUGGGAAGACCACAACGCUGUCCAUGCUUACAGGUCUUUUCCCGCCGUCCAGUGGCAGGGCCUACAUCAACGGCUACGACAUCUGUCAAGACAUGGCUCUGAUCCGACGCAGUCUGGGCCUUUGUCCACAGCACGACGUUUUAUUUGAUAACCUCACCGUGAGAGAGCACCUGCUCUUUUACGCACAGCUUAAAGGCUACUCCAAAGACAAAAUUCCAGAUGAAGUGGAUCGGAUCAUCCGUAUCCUGAACCUCGAGGACAAGAGACAGGCUCGCUCCAAAACUCUUUCUGGUGGCAUGAAGAGAAAGCUUUCCAUAGGCAUUGCUCUUAUUGGAGACUCUAAAGUUGUCAUGCUGGAUGAGCCCACUUCAGGUAUGGAUCCGUCAGCACGGCGGGCCACGUGGGACCUUCUGCAGGGGGAGAAACGCGGGCGCACUAUUUUGCUCACCACCCACUUCAUGGAUGAGGCCGAUCUGCUCGGAGAUCGCAUUGCCAUCAUGGCUGGAGGGGAGCUGCAGUGCUGCGGGUCGCCACUCUUCCUGAAGAACAAGUAUGGCGCCGGCUAUCACAUGGUGAUAGUGAAAGAUGCUUUUUGUAACGUAUCGGAGAUCACCCGCCUGGUUCACAUGUAUGUCCCAAAUGCCACGCUGGAGAGCAGCGCCGGAGCAGAGCUCUCCUACAUUCUGCCCAAAGAAAGCACCAGCAGGUUUGAACUCCUGUUUGCUGAGCUGGAGAUGAACAGAGACGAGCUGGGGAUUGCCAGCUAUGGUGCCUCAGUGACGACUAUGGAGGAAGUGUUUCUCAGAGUAGGGAAGCUGGUGGACUCCAGUUUGGACAUCCAGGCGAUCCAGCUGCCGGCUCUGCAGUACCAGCAUGAGAGACGCUCCCACGACUGGAACAUGGAGGACACGAGCAGCAUCAGCGGCCUGACAGACGUCACUGACUUCACAGACAGCGGCACUCUCAUCUCGGAAGACUGCUCCAACAUCAAGCUGAACACCGGAGUCCGACUGCACCUGCAGCAGUUCUAUGCCAUGUUCCUGAAGAGGGCGCUGUACAGCUGGAGGAACUGGAAAGUGAUGGUAGCGCAGUUCCUGGUCCCCCUGAUCUUCACCGUUGUGGCCUUAGUGGUGGCACGAACAUUUCCCAAUCACCAGAAUGCUCCGUUAUUGAACUUGAAGCUCAGUCGAUACGGCCCCACCAGGGUUCCUGUGGCCCUGCAGGGUGGGGCAGGUCCCCUCGCCUCUGCUUUGGCAAAUGCAUACAUUUCCCAGCUUUCUACCCAGACAGGUGAACUGGUCAACAUCACAGACUUCACUGAUUACGUCUUGACGCGCGCAGAGGAGGAGGGCGGCAGCUUCAAUGAGCGCUGCGUGGUGGGGGCUGCUUUCCGGGGCGUCAGCCGCCAGUUCGCAGAAGCAACGGCGUACUUCAACAACCAGGGCUACCACACACCCGCCACAGCCCUCAUGAUGGUGGACAACGCCCUGUUCAAACUCCUAGCCGGGCCCAACGCUUCCAUACAGACCAGCAACUACCCCAUGCCUCGCAAUCUGUCCGAGACCGCGCGCAGCCAACUCACAGAAGGAAAGACGGGCUUCGCUAUAGCCAUCAACCUCAUGUACGGCAUGGCGUCCCUGUCCAGCACUUUUGCCCUGCUGCUCGUAACCGAGUCGUCCAUCAAGUCUAAACACGUGCAGCAGGUCAGCGGCGUCUACCUGUCGAAUUUCUGGUUUUCCGCCCUGCUGUGGGACCUGGUCAACUUCUUGCUACCUUGCCUUCUCAUGCUGGUGGUGUUCCAGGCGUUCGGAGUGGAGGCUUUUGUGGACAGCAACCACCUGAUAGACGUUCUGCUGCUGCUGCUUCUGUACGGCUGGGCGGUGGUGCCUCUGAUGUACCUGCUCAGCUUCCUGUUCUCCACCGCCGCCACAGCCUACACGCGCCUCACCAUCUUCAACAUGAUCUCUGGCACCGCCACCUUUUUGGCCGUAACCAUCAUGACCAUCCCAGAACUGAAUCUUCAGGAUUUGUCUCACUUGCUGGAUAAAGUGUUCCUGAUUUUUCCCAACUACUGCCUGGGCAUGUCUUUCUGCCAGUUCUAUCAGAACUAUCAGUUUAUCACAUUUUGCACAUCCAGUCCCCUCAGUCAAGUGAUCUGCAAGUACUUGAACAUCACAUACCAGACGGACUACUUCUCGAUGUCGGAGCCUGGCGUCGGGCGCUUUCUUGUGGCCUUGUCGGUGCAGGGUGUUGUCUUCAACAUGCUCCUGUUCGUCAUCGAGCUCCAGUGCGUGCGCACCAUCUGCCGUCUCCUCAGAUCUCUGGGUAGACGACGCAAACAGUUGCCUCUAAUAGAAGAUGCAGCCCUCGUUCCAGAGGACAGAGAUGUGGCUGAAGAGAGGAAGAGAGUUCUGGAGUGUCAACCCAUGGUGGAGUCGAUGGUCGGGAGCCCCCUCAUUCUGCAGGAGUUGAGCAAGGUCUAUAGCAGCGGGGAGAGUCUUCUAGCUGUGGACAGGUUGUCUCUCGCCGUCGCAAAAGGAGAAUGCUUCGGGCUUUUGGGCUUCAACGGAGCCGGGAAGACCACGACUUUUAAGAUGCUGACAGGAGACGAGAGCGUCACCUCUGGUGAUGCCUACAUUGACGGUUACAGCAUCUUGAGGGACAUUAAGAAGGUGCAGCAGCGGAUAGGCUACUGUCCUCAGUUUGAUGCCGUUCUGGAUCACAUGACAGGAAGAGAGACUCUGUCGAUGUACGCCAGGCUCAGAGGAAUUCCAGAAAAGUAUGUUUCUGGCUGUGUGGAGAACGUCCUACGAUCGCUACUUCUGGAGCCUCAUGCAGAUAAACUUGUCCGCAGCUACAGUGGAGGCAAUAAGAGGAAACUGAGCGCAGGGAUGGCUCUGAUCGGAGGACCGCCGGUCAUUUUCUUGGACGAACCUUCAACGGGGAUGGACCCGGUUGCUAGGAGGCUUCUGUGGGAUGCCAUCACUCACAUUAGGGAGUCUGGCAAGGCUAUAGUCAUCACUUCUCACAGUAUGGAGGAGUGUGAAGCUCUGUGCACCAGACUGGCAGUGAUGGUCAACGGCCAGUUCAAGUGCCUGGGAAGCCCCCAACACCUGAAGAGCAAGUUUGGCAGCGGCUACACUCUGCUGGCUAAAGUACACGUGGAAGCAGAGUUGGAAGAAAGCGACCUGCGUCUGUUUAAAGAUUUCAUUGAAAGCACUUUUCCAGGAAGUCAACUCAAAGAUGAGCACCAGGGCAUGGUGCAUUACCAUUUGACUGACCGAACGCUGACAUGGGCACAGGUGUUUGGCACUUUAGAAGCAGCCAAAGAGAAAUACCAAAUCGAAGACUACUGCGUGAGCCAGAUUUCGCUGGAGCAAGUGUUCCUCAGCUUCGCCCAGUUCCAGCAUUGCACGCAGGCUGCGAGGAAGUAGGCGGAUCGAGGAUUCCUCGCCAUUGUCUCCAUUUUCUCCAGCGCUGUAGGUAAAAGCUCGGCUAAAGGACUUGUUUUGUUUGGCGAGAGCAGAGACUGGAGGAUCCGGUUUUUACCCCAAACACUCUCAAACGUCUGAGUUUGUUUUCCUGCAUCGUCCUUGUAUUUUUUUUUUAAUUUGAUGUCGUGUGUAAAUGCAGUUUUUGUCCCGAUCAUCGCCUGUGAGGUGCUGAUUCCACCAAGUAAUGAAGUCCAACAUUAUGAUGUCACUAAACCACUACACUGAACUCUGACAAACAGGGUCGUUUUGACUGUGCGUGUGCACGAUGUUGGUAUUUGUUUUGAUUUAUUUAUGACUUUUUAUCAAUUUCUUCACUUUUAUGAAUUUUAUUUUAAUUUCAUGAUGGAAAUAGGAGCGACUCAAUCUGAUAGUUGUGAAAUUGUUGCACACCUUUGAGCCUUAUCUAACGUUUUUUUAAAUUUUUUUCUUUACACGCAGAAGGACUGGUAUUCCUUAAGCCUUUUAAUGUUGCCACAUGUAAAUAAUGAUGUUUUCAUGGUACUAAAACCCUUUCCUUAAUGCAAGACCUUUUUUUAAUUUUAUUUUAUACAGAUUGUUGAUGCAUGCAUGCCUUCAUCAAGCAUAUUAAUGGGAGGGGAGCUGCAAAAACCACCGUCCUUACUGAGAGGUCAUUCUUAAAGAAAAUUAAGUCGAUUCCAAGCAUAGAUAGUGCUUCUCAUGUUUCUGUUAAGAAGUUGAUCAGAAAGCUGCUGCUGCUAAACAGGUUUCUAAUGAGGAUGUCAGUCGACACAAGUUUUUUGUUUUGUUUUACAAGGAAAUCCUGAAGUUUUCCUCCUUUUGCUGGAUAUUUAUAAAACAUUUGUUCAUUCUGAAAAUAGGUUUUAAUUUGGAUUCUGCAGCUGCAAUAUUUAAUUUUCUAACCAGAGUUUUAACAAACCCAAGAGUGAACAAAUCUCACCGGAUCUGUGGCUUUCGCUGCAAGUGUCUAACAGUUUUUCCACAUAAAAGCCUGGUUUCAUUCCAAAAAAAAGCCUUAUUUACAUGUCUCCAUGCCUCAUUCAUAAACAGAACUUGUAAAAAAAGGUGUGUUUUGUGUGAAAAUGUUCUAUGUACUGACAUUUAUUGGCUCCAGAGAACUAUUCCUUCACUUGUUGAUUGUAAGUAUGUCUCUACAAACCUGCUUUUCACAAGAAUUCUUGUUAAAAUCUGGGAUCAAUACUCGUUUUCACUCAGUUUAGUGUGUAAAUGACAUUCCAUCUCUGAAUAUAUAUAUAUAAAAAAACAUGAAUGUAUUCUGUCAUUACGCAAAAAAAGCCAAAUUUUAUUACUGCUUUUUAUGAUUUAACAGUGCUUCCUUCAGACCACCUGAUGAGAACAAAAUCCUCUCACCGCAGAGAUGUUUGUCCUCACUAGAUUGAAGCUCUUACUUUGUACUUUUUAUGAUAUUGGUUUAUAUAUUUGCACAUUCUAUUGCUCAUUACAUUUAUGACUUGAAAGAACUGCAAAGCAUAAAAAGAAAAUGUAAAGAUUUGCACUGCUGAUGUGUGUCGAUUACAGCUCGCUGACAUGUGGUUUUAUUGUAUUUAAAAAGGGAAUUUUAAAGACUGUAAUCACGUACUGUACCAUGGAGCUGACCCUGUCCAAUCUGUCUGUACUGCUGUUCUUUUUCAAUUAAAUCAUGCUCAAAAAAA